AUGCAUCUAGAGAGCAGAGAUGGCAGGCUGGCGUCCGGCACACUGGAGGUGGAGCUGCAUCAGACGUCUGCUGGGACUUGUGCAGGCCCUGGAGGGCCAGAGCCUGAGGGACCAGCUGCCAGCAAGUGCAGGCCUCUGCAGGGAGUUGGCCGGGCAGACCCUUCGAGCCCCUGUCCCAGCGGGGCUGCGGGGCAGAGCUGCUGGGCUCCUGCAAGACAGGAUUUUGGCUCAUUUUUCAUGACAGGAAGGUCUCACUCUCCUGUGCCCCAGAGCUUCAGCUCCAGGUCUAAAGACCUCUGCUUUACGGAGAAUACACCUUUGCUAAGGAAUGCCUCACAGGAGAAAGGGUCACGGUGCAUACCUGGUUACCACCCAGAGUUCAUUGCUGCUGAAGAAUCCUGGGAAACCAGCUCAGCUGAGUGGGAGCGGAGAUACCUGUUGAGCAGAGAGGUGGCUGGUUCAGGGACAUCGGCCUCCUCAGAGAAGGGGGAACUUGUGGACAGCACUCACGUCUGCUUGCAUCUUCCGAAGCUGAGGCGCUGUGUGCGGUGGCUGAAAGUCACGGGCCUGUUUGUCUUUGUGGUGCUGUGCUCCAUUUUAUUCAGCCUGUAUCCAGAUCAAGGAAAGUUCUGGCAGCUGUUGGCCGUGUCACCGCUGGAAAGAUACUCUGUGAACCUCAGCAGCCACGCAGACUCCACGCUGCUGCAGGUGGACCUGGCGGGGGCCCUGGUGGCCAGCGGGCCAAGUCGUCCCGGGAGAGAAGAGCACGUUGUGGUGGAGGUGACCCAGGCAGAUAAUCUGGGUUCCAGGCGGCGGCGGCCACAGCAGGUCACUUACAAUUGGACAAUAUUUUUAAAUCCAAGAAGAAAUGAGCGCUCAGUGGUCAGCAGGACCUUUGAGGUACUGAGCAGAGAGGCUGUGUCCAUCAGCAUUCGGGCCUCCCUCCAGCAGACCCAGGCUGUUCCUCUUCUGAUGGCUCAUCAGUACCUGCCUGCAAGUGUAGAAGCACAAGUGACCAUUGCUGCGGCCAUCCUGGCGGGCGUCUAUGUACUGAUUAUAUUUGAGAUCGUUCACAGAACUCUGGCAGCCAUGCUGGGUUCCCUUGCAGCAUUAGCGGCCCUGGCUGUCAUCGGAGACAGACCCAGCCUGACCCACGUGGUGGAGUGGAUUGAUUUUGAGACCCUGGCCCUGCUGUUUGGCAUGAUGAUCUUAGUAGCCAUAUUUUCAGAAACUGGGUUUUUUGAUUAUUGUGCUGUAAAGGCAUACCGACUGUCCCGGGGAAGAGUGUGGGCCAUGAUCAUCAUGCUGUGUCUCAUCGCUGCUGUGCUCUCUGCCUUCUUGGACAAUGUCACCACGAUGCUUCUCUUCACUCCUGUGACCAUAAGACUAUGUGAGGUGCUCAACCUUGAUCCAAGACAAGUCCUGAUUGCAGAAGUGAUCUUCACUAACAUUGGAGGAGCUGCCACUGCCAUCGGAGACCCACCAAAUGUCAUUAUUGUUUCCAACCAGGAGUUGAGGAAGAUGGGCCUGGACUUUGCAGGAUUCACGGCACACAUGUUCCUGGGGAUUGGCCUUGUCCUCCUGGUCUCCUUUCCUCUCCUCAGACUCCUUUACUGGAACAAAAAGCUGUAUAACAAGGAACCCAGUGACAUUGUUGAGCUGAAGCAUGAGAUUCAUGUCUGGCGCCUGACUGCUCAGCGCAUCAGCCCGGCCAGUCGCGAGGAGACAGCCGUGCGUGGCCUGCUGCUGGGGAAGGUGCUGGCACUGGAGCACCUGCUCGACCGAAGGCUGCGCACCUUCCACAGACAGAUCUCACAGGAAGAUAAAAAUUGGGAGACCAAUAUCCAGGAACUACAAAAGAAGCACAGGAUAUCAGACAGGAUUCUGCUUGCCAAAUGCCUGACGGUGUUGGGAAUCGUUAUCUUCACCUUCUUUCUCAAUUCAUUUGUCCCUGGCAUUCAUUUGGAUCUUGGGUGGAUUGCUAUUCUGGGUGCCAUCUGGUUGCUAAUAUUAGCUGAUAUUCAUGAUUUUGAGAUAAUUCUACACAGAGUGGAAUGGGCAACCCUUCUAUUCUUUGCAGCGCUCUUUGUUCUGAUGGAGGCUUUGGCACAUCUCCACUUAAUAGAAUAUGUCGGAGAACAGACUGCUUUGCUAAUAAAGAUGGUCCCGGAGGACCGGCGCCUUGCAGCCGCCAUCAUCGUGGUGGUCUGGGUCUCAGCCUUGGCCUCGUCCUUGAUUGACAACAUCCCAUUCACCGCUACUAUGGUGAGGGUUGUACUAAACAUAUCAUCAACUCCAAAAAUUUCCUGGGUUUCACCCCCGCUUAUGCUCUCUCUUGCCUUGGGUGCCUGCCUGCAAAGUAAUGGGACCCUGAUUGGAGCCUCAGCAAACGUCGUUUGUGCGGGGAUAGCAGAGCAGCAUGGAUAUGGAUUCUCUUUCAUGGAAUUUUUCAGAUUGGGCUUCCCAAUGAUGGUUGUGUCCUGCACCAUCGGGAUGUGUUAUCUCCUUGUUGCUCAUGUUGUGGUGGGAUGGAACUAA